GGCCCGUGCGCAAAGCGCCGGGCGCGGGGGGCGGAGCUACUAAAGGAAGAGGCGUGGCUUGUUCCCCGGAAGGGGCGGGGCUUGUCGGCGGCUGGGCCGCGGCACCGGAGCGGAGCAGGGAGAGGGCGGGAGCGGCCCAGCGGGGGCCGGGGCCGGGGCCCGCAGCGGGACCCAGCGGCGCCGGGGCCGGGGCCGGGGCGAUGCCGAGCAAGAAGAAGAAAUACAACGCGCGGUUCCCGCCGGCGCGGAUCAAGAAGAUCAUGCAGACGGAUGAGGAGAUCGGGAAGGUGGCGGCCGCCGUCCCUGUCAUCAUCUCCCGGGCUCUGGAGCUCUUCCUGGAGUCGCUGCUGCGGAAGGCCUGUCACGUCACCCAGUCCCGCAACGCCAAGACCAUGACAACGUCCCACCUGAAGCAAUGCAUUGAGCUGGAGCAGCAGUUCGACUUCCUUAAGGAUCUGGUGGCCGCGGUGCCGGACAUGCAGGGGGAGGGCGAGGAGCCGCACGGCGACGGGGAGCGGGGACCACGCAGGGGUCGCCGCCCCGGAGCCGGCCGGAAGAACGGGGGCCCCGGUGGGAAGGGGAAGGAUCCCAAACAGUCAGGAACGGACACGGAGCAGGAGGAGGACAGCGAGGACAGUGACAGUGAUGGGGAGGAGGAGCCGCCGCCGCCCCCCCCCGCACCCGCCCCCCUCAACUUCUCCAGGUAUCCCAAUAGCGGGGACCCCUUCUGUGGGGGGGGGAACCCCCCAAACCUGGGGGGGGCCCUCAGAGGAGGGGGGUGUUAAACACACCCCCCCCCCCCCCCCCCAUUUUGGCUCCACUGACCCCCUGUUCCCACAGCCCGGGGGGGCCCUUCGCACCCCUGGGCCCCCCCACGCUGCCGGGGGGGCUCCCCCCGGCCCCCGGCCCCCCCCGGGCCCACGAGGAGGAGGAGGAGGAGGAAGAUUACGAUUCCUGACACCCCAAACCCCCCCCCGGACCCUCCCAAACGCCCCUGGGUGCUGGGGUGAGGGCACCAGGGCGAUGAGUUGUGGCCAUUCUCAGCCUGGGGGGGGUGGGGGGGGGCUCAGUUUGGAUCCCGGGGUUCCCCCUUCCUGGAUUCCCGGGGUUUAUCCUGGAGUCCUGAGGCUCCUCCCACAUUCUUGGGGUUCCCGGACCCCAUUUUAAGGGGUGGGGGGGGAUUGAUUUUGGGGCCCUUUGGUGACAUUUAAUGAGUCGGGGGGGGAGGUUUGUAUCGGCUCAAUAAAGUUCCUGUUUCCAUACA